GCAGAUAACGAAAGGAGCAGUGAUGCAGAUCGAAGCAUUGUCAGAAGGCAUUAACCACCUCACAGAAUCCAGAGAAAAGAAGAGAGAGCUGGACGGAGUUAUUUCCCAAAAUACCAAAGAAAGACUGAUCCUGUGCAUUAAGGAAACAACUCUUUGACCCAAGAUGAACCGAACAGAAAACCAAACCAAGAAGAAACCCAGGACAUUCAAGUCCCUAUGGUCCAUCUCUGAAAAACCCUCAACUGCAUCAUGCUGCUCCCUCUUUAGCGACUGUAUUCAUGUGGCUACAUCCAGGACGCGCGAGUAUCUUCACUUCACAGACCCAGAUAAUAAGUUCUGGCCAAGCGGAGCGGUCCUGCGUGAGAUCUUCCUAAUGACUUACAUCCGGCGCAGCUUCCAGCUGAACCUUAACAUUACCUUCAGCUGCACAGUGAUGACUCAUGGACAGAGGUUCCUACUGGGAACUGACUGGGUCUGGGCUGUGCUGGAUCCACCCAGUAAAAACCCCAGAAUCCAGAUUGCCGUGCAGGUCCUGCAUAUUGAAGAGAACACUCAGGAGGAUUUUGAGGAACAUUCCAGCCUGGAGACGGAGCCAUUUCAAGGGACCAGAGCUGAGAGACUGGUGGAAUUCUGUGCAGGAAUUGGGAGGAGCUGCUUUGCUCUGUUCCUCUUCUUCGGAAAUAAGAACGAUCCUGGGAACAUCUAUGGACUGUUGAGUAACAACCUGCACCAGGCGCUUGGGAAGUGCGUUAGAAUUGAUCAGAGGUUUAUCGAGGGGUUUUUCAAAGGGGCCAAGGGUUUUGUUACUGCCUUUGGGAUGCUGCAAGCGGUGGUUGGUAAGAAGGAUAAUGACCCUCUGACCAUGCUUGUCAAGUUCGCAUAACGUUAUCAGACUCAUGAUCAUCAUCAGCAGCUGCUUUUGCUAAUUACACCUGGCAAAGCCAAUGGACAAUUAGAGCAGACAGCCUUGCUGUGGUUUCCUUACAGCACCUGGCUCUGACAUUUCUGUCCACAGUCUUUUAACAUCUGUCUAGAUAGUUUCACAGAAUUAUUUCACAAUGCUUUACACACACACCCACACACACACACAGCACCAGUUCUUUGUCAGACUUCAAGACUUCAAAAUUCAAGACUGUGAGUCUCAGCUAAUGAGUAGAUAUCUAAAGGAAGAUUUCAGCCAUAAAUUCCCAACGUUAAAUACAAUUUAAACACACUGUGAAACUCAGAACUAAGCUUCAAUGGCUUGUUAUUAGCUUCGUAACUCGACUACAGAAACAAACAUUAUAGACCAAACAUGUAAUGUAUAAAUUUUGGCUUUAAAGAUGGGAUAAACUUGCGUAUUGUGUUUUCUGUCUAAAUGCGCAUUUAAAGUAACUCAAUAAAAAAAUUUGUGGCCAUUCAUGGGGGGGUCACAGUGGCUUGUGGUUGCACCUCCCAGGUUGAUUUCUGCCUCUGCCCUUUGUGUGGAGUUCACUUGUUCUCUGCUUGCUUCAGCGUUUCUUCUGGGUUCUCCGGUUUCCUCCCCAUUUCAAAGACAUGAAUUGUAGGAUGAUUGGCAUCUCUAAACUGUGUGUGUGUGUGUGUGUGUUUGUGCCCUGUGAUGGAUUGAGACCCCAGUACAUCCCCUGCUUUCUGCUUGAGUCCCCUGGGAUAGACUUCCUCACAACCAUGCGUAGAAUAAGAGGUACAAAACAUAAAGAGAUGGAUAUUUAUAUACAUGAUGUUAAUAAAAUACUCCAUUCUGUACAGAGAAUGCUGCUAAAGGAAAAUAAUAUUGCCAUCCAGAACUGGAUUAUUUACCUACACCAGCAGGUCCGGAUACCUUUUAUUCCACUUAUAUACUGUAUCGCUGCCAACAAUUACUCAUUAAAAUGGUAAAGAUUUAUGAACAGUUCACGUUAUCACGUGCAUUAUAGCUAAACUAAAAGUAUACAGCUGUUUCCUCAAGACAAAAAAAAACUAAAAGUCCUCAAAAUUCUCACUUUACAAAGUGCUGAAACUGGAGACUCCUUCUGUAAAUGUCAGUUUGCCAUAUCAGUGAAAU